UGUGGAGAUGACAGGCGGCCACCCACACCAGCCUCUGUGUCUGCUCAGUGAGAGAGUCGAGGCGGUGAUGCGAGCUCCCCACUCUUUCCUUCUUGUACAAAAUUUCCUCUUCCUUCCCGUUCGUGGUUGUAUGUCGGCUCUAUAAUAACACAACUAACCACUACAUCUUUACACUCAGAUAAAAACACUUAUUGGUGGCCUCGCUACACGCGUAAAAGAGGAAUUUCCAAACGUUUCGGUUUUUUUUCUUCUAAUUGCUGCGUUUAAUCGAGCUCGUCGCGGGCAACCACGGAGCCACUAUUAAAACUUGGAGGGUGAAAUUACUCAACAUUCAUCGGGGCUGAUAAACAGUUUUGAUUUCUGUAGCGGAGAAUGAGUUAAUGAGAAGGAUGCAGGACUUUGCAGGUGUCCCUCAAGGCGUCAUGGAUCAAACUGGAGCAGGAGGAUCGAAUUUCCAGCAGAUGACUGGAAGCCUUGUCUGUGGUGAGUGAGGAUCAGCCCAUUUUCGAGCCGUCCUACACCGCAGCCCCGGCCAUGCACAUGAAGACAGAGAUGACGUCACCUGGCGGGUUCAGCCAGACCUCCAAACAGAGUCCCGAGCCCACAGAGCCGGAGUGGGUGGGGUCAGUGGCCCAAAACCAUGGGAAGAGAGGCGAACACGUCAAUGGGACCAGCCGGGAGUCCCCAGUAGACUGCAGCGUCACCAAACGCUCCAGACACAUGAGCAACGACGGGGCCUCGAUGCCAUACCAGGCCUCGUACGCGGAGCCUCGGGUUAGCCCCCAGACCGCCACCCCACCCAGCAACACCACGGAGGAGAAGAGGGUCAUCGUUCCAGCAGAUCCCGAGGUCUGGACCCAGGACCAUGUGCGGCAGUGGCUGGACUGGGCCAUCAAGGAGUACGUCCUGGAGGAGGUAGACGUCAUGCUCUUCCAAGCGAUGGACGGCAAGGCCCUGUGCAAGAUGACCAAAGACGACAUGAUGCGGCUCACGUCGGCCUACAACGCAGACAUCCUGCUCUCGCACCUCAAUUACCUCCGGCAGAGUAGCCCCACAUUCUCCUACUCCACAACUCCCACCAACAACACACCACCACCACCUCCACAGCCCAGACUACAGGUGAAAGCAGAAAGCGGUUUUGAUGAGAUCAGCCGCAGGAACAGCUGGACAGCAAACACCAUGACUGCUGCAGUACCUAAAGGUUCUUCCAUCGAGCACCAGCACAGCACAAGAGUUACGGAGCCGGCACCGAGAAUUGUGCAAGAUCCAUAUCAGACAUUGGGGCCCAUUAGCAGCCGACUGGCCAAUCCAGAAGGCCAAGCCCUCAGCUCAUCCAAGAACCGAACAGGCAAACAAAGUCCAUACAAGCUCCCUGACCCCAGCGCUCACAGGCCUGUGGGCUCGGGGCAGAUCCAGCUGUGGCAGUUCCUGCUGGAGCUCCUGUCUGACAGCAACAAUGCCGGCAUCAUCACCUGGGAAGGCACCAACGGCGAGUUCAAGAUGACCGACCCGGAUGAGGUGGCCAAGCGCUGGGGAGAACGCAAGAGCAAGCCCAACAUGAACUACGACAAGCUCAGUCGUGCUCUGCGCUACUAUUAUGACAAGAACAUCAUGACAAAGGUGCAUGGCAAGCGCUAUGCCUACAAAUUUGACUUCCAGGGAAUCUCGCAGGCACAUCAGAACCAUGCCGCAGAGGGCGGGAUCGUUAAGUACCAGACUGAGAUGUCUUAUGUCCAGCCCUACCACAGUCACCAGCCCAAAAUGAACUUCAUGGGUGGCCAUCCAGCACCUAUGCCCGUCUCCCCUGGAAACUUUUUCGGCCCUCCGACGACAUACUGGAACUCACCAAACAGCCCCAUCUAUCCUGGGUCAGCCAUGACCAGACACCCCACUCACUCCCACCUGAGCUCGUACUACUGAGGACGUCAGACUCAUCUGAACGGGACAACACAGGAGAGGAAUCCAAGUGUGCUCCAUCCUGGCGGCACCUGAGCUGAACCCCGUCUGAAAGGCGAUAUGACGCUAAGGUCCAUUUUGUAAAAGGCAUUAUGACUUUGUCUUUAAUACAUUCCUUCCCAAAGAAACAAAUGGGCAAAAAGACACGAGGGUUGCACUUGUCAAACAGUUUAUCAGUACACAUUGAGCACGCCAUUGGGUUCGCUUUGUAUACUCUGUUAUUCAGCGAAGAUUUUUUAACUUGUUUGUAAGUAAUUUGUUUAAUAGCACCUGCUAUAAAUACAAAAGCCAUAGCUGUGUGAGUAGCAUAACCUUUCCUUUCACUUUAAAGGUCACAACUAAAGGUAAUACAUUUGACCUGAUAUGAUUUUUUUUUUUUUGUAAAACAAAAAAUUGUACAGAAUGGUUUUCAUGUAACAAUAAACAUUUACACAUCAUUUAAAGCUAAACAUUAUGCUUCUGCCUUUUUGUUUUACCUCACAGUAAUUUAAGAAGUUCAAACUUAAAAGUUUAGAAAAUUCAGGGACAAUUUAAGAUGAAGAUGAUCAGUGUUUCAGUGUCGUUAUGAUUUGACCUCACACAAUGUGCCACCAUUAUUCCUAAUUUUAUGUUUGACUACCAGCUGGUACACAGACAUAAAAUCUACUACUCAAAAAACAAACUACUCAAUUUAGUCAAGUUACUUUAAAAAAAAACUGUUGCUGAACAACACAUUAAACAAGAAAAAGGAAAUGUUAUUAGGGCAAAAAAAAAAAAAAAAAAAAAAAUCUAAAAG